UAAUGCUCAAGCUCGCCAAAAUGCGCAAAUAUCCUGUCUAGUGUCGUGCAGUUUGCACCUUGCGCCCAACCUACGUCUCUACCCGAAAUUUUGCAGGGACUUUACACAAAGAUAGUCAGGGUAGUACCGUAGUAGUCUACAGCGUUCAGGGCCUUCUCGUUUCUUAUGAUUAUUAUAAUUUAAUAAUAAUAAUACAAGUUUUGGCGAGCUUAAGCGCUGCAUCUGUCUAAAUCCAUCGGGCGUUUGUUUUUGGUUGAAGUUUUUUUCUUUCGCUUCUGAGAGUUUGAGAGGAAGACACAAGGAGAGCGACGGAAAGAGGUCAUGGGUCGGCCUCCUAGCAAUGGAGGCCCUGCCUUCCGCUUCACACAAAAUGAGGUUGUGGAGAUGGAUGUUAUUCUGCAACAACACAAUAAUACAAUGCCAUCACGUGAUGUUAUUGUGUCACUUGCAGAGAAGUUCAGUGAGUCAGCAGAACGCAAAGGGAAGAUUACAGUUCAAAUGAAGCAAGUUUGGAACUGGUUCCAAAAUAGGCGGUAUGCUAUAAGGGCAAAAAUAAGUAAGGCUCCUGGGAAGUUAAAUGUCUCUCCCAUGCCUCGGGAUGAUUCAAAUCCAGUGAGAAAUGUACCACAACCACAAUCUGUAGCUGCUCCUUCAGUUCUAAGUGCAGGAAAGGGUGCUACUGAAAAUUCUCCAAUGGAGUUUGAAGCCAAAUCUGGGAGGGAUGGUGCAUGGUAUGAUGUUGCUGCCUUUGUUUCCCAUAGACAUUUGGAGACUGGUGAUCCAGAAGUACUUGUCCGUUUUGCUGGUUUCGGAUCAGAGGAGGAUGAGUGGGUUAAUGUUCGUAAGCAUGUCAGGCCGCGCUCUCUCCCAUGUGAAUCAUCAGAAUGUGUUGCAGUUCUUCCUGGAGAUCUCAUACUCUGUUUUCAGGAAGGUAAAGAGCAGGCUCUUUACUAUGAUGCCCAUGUCCUUGAUGCACAAAGACGAAGGCAUGAUGUCAGAGGUUGCCGUUGUAGGUUUUUGGUGCGUUACGAUCAUGAUCAGUCUGAGGAAAUAGUGCCGCUGAGAAAGGUUUGCCGUCGGCCUGAAACUGACUACAGGCUGCAGCAACUUCAUGCUGUGAAUGAGGCAGCAUCCAUCAACCAGCAGAAAACUACCACAAAUCCUUCGGCAGGCAGUGCUCCGAGGGCUCUUACUCCUGUUGAAACAAUGCAAAAGCAACACUCCGGCGAGGCAGCUAUGGUGGCUCCUGUAUCCCAUGCUAACAUUUCUGUAGCCACUCAUACAGUAACCCUUGAACCGAAAGAAUUUGAAACUGGCAACCCUAACAUUGCAGGAAAUUCUAAUGUUCCCAGUACUGCAGUCGUGAGCAGCAGCACUGCACCUUUUGGCUCUAUGGAGAACAGACAUGAAGCAAAGUUGUAGGUUGAUAAGAAAUUAUGCAAUUCUCUCCGUUAUUUUUGUUUUUGUUUUUGCUUUUAAACUGUCAGUGAGCUUUAUCACUCCGAGUAGGAUCUGUUUUCAUGAUAGUAUCUUACAAUACAGUCAAUAGUUCCCC